CUCCUUGUCAUCCAUGUACCGUCAUCUCCUCGGUCGACGAAAACGGCUGUGUCUGUGCUUCCUGGUGCUCUCGGGGUGGUUCUCCACCGUCGCGGUUGCGAUAUGGCCAUUCCCACCGAAGAGAUUCUCCGCCAACUCUCUCGUCGACGCGGGGUCCAUGGGCAUCAACGUCGAAGGCCGAAUCAUUGCAUUCGGAGACUUCAAUGGCGAUCAAUAUCUUGACGCGCUCACGCUAGGUGCCGACCAGCAGACUUUAACGGUUUAUCUAUGGGACCACGGUGCGUAUCCUUGGGCAGCUGCGGGGGCGAUCAGUGACCAGCAUGAACUAGAGGAGUACCUCUUCAAAAAGUCUUCGAGCCUACAGCAUCCACGCAAGAUCUACAAUGUCGUUCCCGGGGACUUCACGCACUCAGGAAAGCUGGACCUUCUUGUCAUGGCGCAAAGCUCAACGAGCAACCGAUUGGACCUCUCAGUAUACCCUGCGUUACCGGGAGCCGGUUUUGACACGAGUAACCCGCUAUCUGUCCCAGCAUCGAGCUCACCACAACCCAUACCCAUCGAUGUCGACGGAGACAUGAAGAUUGACAUGCUUGGGAUGACACAGGACUCGGAAGGCUCUAGCUCCCCGCUUCAAGUAUGGCGGAAUGUCUGGAACGAAACAGACCCGCAUUCUCAUCUGUUCAAUGUUGGGGAGCCUCUCUUCCAUGGCGAGCAGUGCAAGAUAGCCAACCCGCACAGCAAUGCAGUUAUAGACUUUGAUGGAGAUUGUCUUGCAGACCUCUUCAUAUUGUGUGAGGAUGGGCACGGCGGGAAAACCUAUCAGAUCUGGAUCAAUAACAAAGGCGAUGGUUUCUUGCUUGCCUCACAAGGCGCAAUGCCUGCUGACCGUGACGGUACAAUCGAUAUGGUCUUCACGACCUGCUCCUCGGUAUCGACUUCGACUGGAAUCGGCAAUGAUUGUGCCAUCAAUAUCGCCUACAAUUCACAACUCCCUCUUUGCACUGCUACGGCUGACUCGGGCCUCAACAAGGGCGUGCGGACGUGUCGUCCGCCAGAAGAUCUAUGCGUGUCAGAUCCGUCUUUUAAAUUUGACCUGUCGAAUAGCGCUAUCUUUGUUCGCAUUCCGAUCACGUCUAUCGUUCCUGACUCGUCUUUACUCGUUUAUGACACUACACAAAUCCCGGCCCUGCCACUGGCACUGAAGCUGGGAGAUGCCAACCUGGAUGGGUUCCCUGAUAUGUUACUCAUCGUUGUCUCCAACCAGAAUCAUAUUCCAAGGCUGCUGUUGUCCACUGCCUGUGCUCAUGGAAUCGCUGGAUGCGACCAGGGCCCGAAGAAACGUGGAUGGGCUGUUGCGAGCAAAGGCACCGAAGCCUUGGACAAGGUCCAAGAUGCGCGGGGUGUCGCGUUUCUGGAUAUGGACGAAGACGGAUCUUUGGACAUCCUUGUUCAGCGCACAGGGUCGUUUGGCCAAGGCAACAUUCUGUUUGUUCAGAAUAACUACUACUAUGAUGCGUUUUUCUUGAAAGCGAUCGUCCUAAAUGGGGCCUGCGGCAACGGCUGGUGCUACGGACCCAAUGGCACGGAAAAAUAUCAUCCUUUCGGAGUCAGUUACUCCGGAGCAACCUACAAAUACACUGUUUUGGACACAACCGGCAGUCGGUCAGCCGCGCAAGUGGGUCAACUUCCGCAAACAUCAUAUCAGUCGCUGCAGACUCCGUACUCGUUCAUCGGACUGGGUCGAACCAACAAUUACAUCGAGAACCUCUUCGUCGGAUCAACCAUGCACACGGAGCAACAUUACAUCAACAUUGAAGGUGUCAUACCCAACUCCAAGGUCGUCAUCCUUCCACCAUCAAAGGAAGGCGACCCUUGGAAACGCGAGCUAUUUUUGCGACCGGGAGAUUGGAUCCCAUGGGUGACUCUUACUGUGGUAAUCGGCAUGAUACUGCUCGCGGUCAUUGUGCUGGUGCUGCAUCUGAACGAGAAGAGGGAAGACGAGUUGGAGAAGCGAAGAGCAUCACAUCACAUCAACUUUGAUGCAUUGUAAUGGACUCAUCCUAGUUCUCAUCUGUAUAUUACCAUGGAACUCUUUAUUAUAUCGACUGGUAUAGAGCAUGUAUGUGCAUGAAAUUCGCUUUGAUUCUGGGCCGUCGACCAAUCAAUUUCCCUCUACUGCGUAAAGGUCGCGACUCUGGUACUCGCGGCUCUAAAAGAAAGCAUGGCAUUGGCAAUCGGUCCAGUAUCCUUGACUACUUCUUCGGGGGUCUCUUCUUCACCUCGUCUUCCUUGCAGGCAUGCAACAUAAUCUUAUUGGGAUGUCCUGUUGUCAUUCCACCGUGCCCCUUAUGCCAGUCAUACGAGAUGCUGUAUGCGAAGAUCGACCCGUCUCGACUGAACGCAGUGCUGGAAAUCGGGCCAGGCUGCGUAUCAAAUGCUUGGAGGAAGAAACCGAUAGAUCCGUCUCCCCCUGUCGAAGUCGGUCAAUGCCACGACGAAAGCACACGCAUACGCAUACAUACCACAGGUACUGAAUGUCCCUUGCACAGGGUGGAAUGAUAUAUCGUUCACCGCGAACACGUUGAUGUUGUUCUUGUUGUUGGGUGUCACUUCGACGCGGUGGCAACGGAAUGAGAAAUUGUUUCUGACAGAGAGGUGAGU